AUGGCCAAGAAAUCUGACUUAAAGAGCACGAUUGAGUGGAUUGAUUCGUAUUCCAAUAAAUGUGCCCAAAUUCUUAGUAGGUCUUCGUAUUCUUCUCGUUAUCAUUCUCAUAGAAAUUCAACCGCCUCUACAAUUGAACAGCAAAUAUCAACAUAUAGAGAAUUAUGCUCAUCAUGCCCACAUACAGCUCAGCCAUCUCCUAACUUAAACCUUUGUUAAUAAGAAAGGUUUUUUACUAGGGUUAAUUUUUUUCUUAACUAUUAAUAAAUUUUUUUCGGAUUAUUAAAAUGAAAAAAUCUAAUUAUAAAAUUAAUGCUUUAGGAUGAAAGGUGAAAGGAAUUUAAAAUUCCAUAGCAUUAGCUUGAAAUUUCAUUAUAAUCAUUGAUUAUUUGGAAAAUAUUUUAUUUAUAAAUUUCUCUGCCCAACUCAUUCCAAGUACGGGAAUUUUCUAAUACUUUGUUUGUUAAUCAAUGGGAGUAAGAGUUACUCUGCUCGAAAGCUCUCCCCAAAUUCGUUUUUGCAAUCUUGCUGUGAAAUUUCUAUUGAUUAUAUUGAAGAAAAUGAGCCAGAAAUCAAUUCUCAUAAAUCUGAAAUAAAAAGGCUGAAACAUAAGAAAAAAUCAAUAGAUGAAAAAUUUGAUAAUGAAAUCUCAGAAAUACUGAGAGAAAAUACUACCCUAGAAGGAAAAUUACAAGAGCUUAUAAAUAAAUUGCAGUUUGAACAAUUCAUCCCAAUUUUCGAAGAAGAAAUGAAUACUUUUGAGCUGAAAAAUCAAAAAAUAAGCAGCCAAAACAUAGAAAUUAUUAAUAAUUUUGAUUCAGAAGACAGAAAAAUAGCAAAUAAAAAAUUGAAAGCUAUAAUAAAGAAUCUAGCAGAAGAAUCAAAAUCAGCAAGCGAAUUAAUAAAGAACAUGAAGUCAAUUCAACGAAAAUCUGAUAUGAGUGUUAGAUGUUUAAGCGCUCUAGCAAAUAAAAAUGCGGAAAUGGAAAAUGAAAUUGAAAAUCACGAAAAUAAAAUAAAAAAUUUCGAGCGGCAAAUUAAAGAAUUGAAUAAAAAAAUGGUCGAAGUAGAAGAUAUUAAUAGAAACCUGGAAGAAAAGUUUAAAAUUACGAAUGAAAAUAAAGAAAAAAUUAAAAAGAAAGUCUGGAGCUUAAGAGAACAAGAGCUAGUUAGACAGGAUACACCUAGAAUUGAUGCAAGUCAUAAUGGAAAACCUACAAAACAAGGCAUCAGAAUUUUAAAAGAAUUGCAAAGUGAAUUAAAAUCGCAAAAAGAGUUCAAGCUCCUUGAAUUAACAAAUUUAUUACUUCCAGAAUUGUCUAAGCUUUAUAGCAGCCUACACAAAGUUAAUGAAAAGCAGUCAAAACUAGAAAAAACAGCCCUAAAAUUAAAAAUCCCCUUAUCUAAAGCCUCUAAUAAAUCAGGAUCUCCGCCAUCAGCAAAACCGCUUAAAUCACGAUACCCCUUAUCGAAUCCAGAGUCCCCUAAUGCCAAACCUCAGAAGCGAUACACAAUUUUUAGUUUUUGUAAAGAAACUUAA